GCUUUCAGGUAAGAACCCCGUCUUCCUUUACCACGACGUCCUUCAUCGUUCAUACUCACAGUGUCAGUGGCUCAGAUCUGUUGCAGCCAUGUUGGUUUUCUCUUGGUCUCUCGUGAGCCUGCUGCUUGUGUCCUCUUCCUGGGCUGAGGAAGAGGUUGCUACCAUUGAGGAGGUCACAGCCAAAGAGCUUUCUGUUGGUGAGCUGCUGGAGAGAGCCAACAGGGACCGCACCCCUGACUUUGACGAGCCCGCCCUGAUCGGAGGUGACAUCGCUGUCAGGUCUGAUGCCGACAGAAACGCUGAUCCCUGCACCUCCAGAGGCUGCCUGUGGCAGAAGUAUUCCGAUGGGAAGGUCUACAUCCCCUACUACAUCACCAACGACUACUCCUCUCGUGAGAGAUCCAUCAUCACUCGUGGACUGGAGUCUUUCUCUUCAGUUUCCUGCAUCCGCUUCAGACCCUACCAGAACGGAGAUCAUGAGUGGCUGAGCAUCGAGUCCAGGAACGGCUGCUACUCCUAUGUGGGCCGUGUGGGUGGAGGUCAGACGGUGUCUCUGGCCCGUCAGGGCUGCCUGUACCACAGCACCGUGCAGCACGAGCUGCUCCACGCCCUCGGCUUCAACCACGAACAGACUCGCUCCGACAGGGACAACCACAUCAGGGUGCGCUGGGAAAACAUCAUCGAUGGCAUGGCGUACAACUUCGACAAAAUUGCCACUCUGAACCAGGGAACUCCUUAUGACUACAACUCUGUCAUGCAAUAUGAGAGGUACGCCUUCUCCAAGAACAACCGUCCCACCAUGGAGCCCAUUCCCAACAGCAACAUCUCCUUCGGCCAGGCCACCCAGAUGAGCCAGAAUGACAUCGAUAGGCUGAACAGGCUGUACAAGUGCUAAACUGCACGCAACCUUUGACCUGCCAUCCUGAUGACAUCAGAGCAUGACACCGAUGGAGCAGAUGAGGCUACCGAUGGCAGUCUGGGUUGUCCUGUAACAAUUAAACCCGCAAACUUCACAAGCAUUGAACACUGAUUGCUGUCUGACUGUUAAAUGACAAAGAACACAUUCUGGAGAUGUUAGUGAGACACUUCACUUCAAAUACCGUCUCAUUUUAUUCUCACAUGAAAAAAAAAUCAAUCAUCAAUGUAAACAGUUUGAUGGCUUCUGAUUUGAAAAUAAAGCAAUUCCCCUUGUAGUAUUA